AAAAGUCCUAACAGCAAGCUGGGAGCUAGAGGCAGAUCAGUCCAGGAAUGUGACAGGCACCAAAAGGCUCCGUUCUUCCAAAAGUCAUCUAGGACCAAAGCUGACCUUUUCUUUAUUUGGUGGUUGACGAGAUUUAUCCCCAGACACCAGAAACAUGCACUGCUUCAUCCAAAAGGCAGAAGCACUGGAUGGGGCUCAUUUGAUGCAGAUCUUUUGGCACGAUGGGACAGAGUCCCUCUACCCGGCUGUGUGGCUGAGAGACAACUGCCAGUGCUCUGAAUGUUAUCUGGAUUCUGCCAAAGCUCGGAAAUUGCUCCUGGAAGCUCUUGAUGUGAACAUUAGUAUUAAAUGCUUGGUAUUUGACAGAAAAAAGGUUUACAUCACUUGGCCCAAUGAGCAUCAUAGUGAAUUUGAAGCUGAUUGGUUGAAGAAAAGAUGCUUCUCCCAACAGGCUAGAGCAAAACUCCAAGAAGAAUUGUUUUUGCCAGAAUGCCAGUAUUGGAGCUCAGAGCUCCAACUGCCUACUUUGAAUUUUGAAGACGUCUUGAAAAAUGAUAAGCAAGCAUACCAUUGGCUCUCCAGCCUCAAGAAAGUAGGCAUUGUACGACUCACUGGAGCAGCUGACAAGCAAGGAGAAAUUAUGAAACUUGGGAAAAGGAUUGGAUUCCUCUAUCUCACAUUUUAUGGACACACUUGGCAAGUUCAAGACAAGAUAGAUGCAAACAAUGUGGCCUACACCACUGGGAAGCUCAGUUUCCACACUGAUUAUCCAGCCCUCCAUCACCCACCUGGGGUUCAGCUUCUGCACUGCAUAAAACAAACAGUCACAGGAGGUGAUUCUGAAAUUGUCGAUGGUUUUCACGUGUGUCAAAAGCUCAAAGAAAAAAAUCCUCAGGCAUUCCAGAUUCUGUCUUCUACCUAUGUAGACUUUACAGACAUUGGAGUGGAUUACUGUGAUUUUUCUGUACAAUCUAAACACAAAAUCAUAGAGUUAGAUGAUAAAGGCCAAGUGAUUCGCAUCAACUUCAAUAAUGCAACUAGAGACACAAUAUUUGAUGUGCCUGUUGAAAGAAUCCAGCCCUUUUAUGCUGCUCUAAAGGAGUUUGUUGACCUUAUGAACAGCAAAGAAUACAAGUUUACCUUCAAGAUGAAUCCAGGUGAUGUGAUUACUUUUGACAACUGGCGCCUACUUCAUGGUCGGCGUAGCUAUGAGGCAGGAACGGAGAUAUCCCGCCAUCUCGAAGGAGCAUAUGCUGACUGGGACGUGGUCAUGUCCAGGCUUCGCAUCCUAAGGCAGAAAGUCAAGAAUGGGAACUGAAUUUCGUGUCUUCUCAUUUUAGCAAGAGACUAAUGACUGUACUUCUGGGGCUAUGGCAUAGUUCUUCACUACAGUGACCUGUCUCAUUUGAAUAUUAAUUUCUUUGUCUUUAAGCUUGUAACUGCUGUCUCUGCUCUUUUCCUGUAGUCAUACUUCAGUGUAAACUAGUUACCUGUUUAAAGCAGUGUGCUUCUUCCCCAAAUAAAGCAAUCCUUCUGUUCUGUUA